AUGAAAGGCGCUAGCCCUCUUCUUCUUCAUCAAAGUUCUGUGCCACAGAUACAAGCGGCGCAGCAUGUGCAGCCACGGGCACAGCCUGUGCCACAGGUGCCACAGGUGCCACAGCCUGUGCCCGUCCAACCGCCUGUCCAGCCGCCUGUGCACCUUGCGCACGGACCAGUGCCUCUACGACAGGCUGGGCAGCCUGUGUACCAGGCCUCAUUGAAGGUGCCCUUUCAUUCGUCGGCCCUACAGCCGCAGCCGCCUCGGAAAGACGUGGUCGUCAUACAUCAGGGCAGAGCACCUCAGAAUGGCUACAGCCACAGUCACACUCCUGCCAGCAGCAAAUCUUGGCCGGUCACUUAUGCAAGGGUGCCUUCUCCGUAUCUUGGAUCUCCAGAGGUGCUUACGCAAGUCUGGCCAAAAUUGCAGGCAGUGCCAAGCUUGAAUCGGAGGAGUUCGUGUAUUCUACGGCCAUCAGAACUACUGUCCGCUCGAGGAGAAGCCCCUGGCACGAAUGCUCAACCUGCAGGCCUCAAGCAACCAGGAAUCGAGGGAGCUGCGUUGCCACAUACUGCAAUUCCGAAGAAUGUAGUGGCGCUGCAUGCCCUUCAAGCUCCAGAUGUGAAACCAGCGCAGUCGAGGACCGAUGCAACCUUGCUGACAGUUUGGCCUGAUUUGCCAGACGACGAUUCGCGAGAUCCACAUCAGGUACCUCAAAAGGAGCGUGGCCACCUGACACCCGAAGAGAAGUUAGACUACCGUGACCUGAAGUUCGUCGAACAUUUGGGUUCUGGAGAAUUUGGACAAGUCUUUCGUGGCUUUUACCGCGGCCAGGAGGUUGCUAUCAAGCAGCUCUACUGGGACAACACUGUGCUGCCACAGGUCAUUAUCCAGGAUUUGACUCGAGAGAUCGAAUCUUUCAGGCAUUUGCGACACAAGCGCUUGGUGAACUUCGUGGGGGCAUGUCUAGAAAUCCCAAACCUGUGCAUUGUAACAGAGUAUGCACCUGGUGGAUCCUUGCAUCACCUGCUGCAUGUGCGGAAACUCCACUUACCGCUGCUGCACUGCACAAAUAUGUGCUUGCAAUUGGCGGAAGGCGUUGCUUAUUUGCACUCUCAAAAUCCAAUUGUUGUACACCGGGACUUGAAGAGCUUGAACGUCGUCCUGGACCUGAGCUUGAACCUCAAGCUUUGCGACUUUGGGCUGACUGAGUCGAUGGAGAGAACGCACAUCACCAAGAAGAACAAUGGCGGGUCACCUCGAUACAUGGCUCCGGAGCUCUUCGACAGCAAGUUGAAGAUUACUGAGAAGGUUGACAUUUGGUCGAUGGGCUGCAUCUUCACGGAAAUCAAUGGCGGACCACUUCCGUACGAGGGCAUCAACACUUUGGCAGAACUUACUCGUGAAAUGCUUGUCAACCGGAGGACACCAUCCAUACCUCCAACAAUUGCAGAGCCUUUGCAAGUUGUCAUAUCAGCGUGCUACAACUUUGAUGCGCGUCUACGUCCGUCUGCACGACAGGUGUAUGACCAGCUCCGCGAAGGAAAGAAGAAACUCCAAACACAAGGGUUGCUGACAAACAUUUGA